ACAAACGGGAAGUAAGCGCCCAUUUCUAAAAUCGUUGCCCAAAACAAGCAGCGAGCAGAACCGUUCUUUCUACAACGCUUAUCUAAUUUUUUAGUUAAUCAUUCUUCUCUCUAUUAGCAGCCAUGGGUACAAACAAUUCAAAGAGUGGCAAACCGAGAGCCGAUAAACAAAUCAUUUUCAAGUCAAAUAACGGAGAAGUGUUCAAGAUUCCUGCCAUUUACUACGACGAAAAUCGCAAAAGGUUAUUUGCCUUUGCAGAGAAGCGGACAUCCCAAGAGGAUUCUGACGUAGUGGCGCUGGUCAUGAGAAAAGGAAAAGUGAACAGUAAGAAGGAAGUGACGUGGUUAAAGCCUAAAGAAGUAGUGAGGAAGUGCACCUGUGGAUAUCGUCCGAUGGACCCCUGUGUUGUGUAUGAAAAAAAAACAGAGACACUGUUCCUUUUCUUCGUCUAUGUCAAUGAGACAGAGUCAUGGCAGCUAGAGCAUCACCAGAACAAGGCCCGUCUGCGCUACAUCACAAAGAAGAAGAAUGAGAAGAAGUGGAGUAAAUUCACUGAGGUGACUGACCUGCUGCCUGUGUUUAAAAACUGGUCCACGUUUGCUAUUGGACCGGGCCACGGCAUUCAAACUAAGAGUGGCAGAAUGAUUGUUCCAGCUUACGCAUUCACAAAAGACAAAGAACCAAUUCCACAUUCAUUCUGCUUUUAUAGUGAUGAUCUUGGUAACACAUGGAAAUGUGAGGAAAUGCUGUCUGAAACAUCAAUGGAAUGUGAGAUGACUGAGAUUUUUGAUGGCAACAGAGACCGCUUGAUCUACUGCAAUGCUCGCACUUCGGGAGGCCAUCGAGUCCAAGCUACAAUAGAUAAGAGUGAUUUCCAUACACUCACAACUGUUACACCCUUUGAUGAACUACAUAAAGGUUGCCAGGGGAGUGUGAUUUCCUUCCCAACUCAGUCUGGAAAUGUAAAAAAUAGUCAGGAAAAGUGGCUACUUUUUUCGCACCCAACAAAGCAGAAUUCACAUUGGGAAAGACUUGAUUUGGGAGUGUUUCUGAGCACUUCCCCAGUGAGAUCAAGUGGAGAAUUCAAUCUGGAAUGGAGCCAACCCUGGGUCAUUAACCCUGGACCCAGUGGUUACUCUGACCUGACCUACAUUGAAGAUGGCUGGUUUGCAUGUCUGAUGGAGUGUGGAGAGAAAUCUCCUACAGAUGAGAUAGCAUGUAUUGUGUUCAGCUAUAAAGAGAUCGUGAAGGGCAUUUCAGAGUUCCAAACUUGAAAAAAUUGUAUGAUCAUUAUUCAAUAGAAGAAUAUUUAGUGUGGUGUAUUUAGUGAGGCUUGCCAGCAAUGCAAUGUUGAAUCUUUGAGCAGCUUUUAAACAUUCUUUUGAUGAAUCGCAUCUUUCUGUAUUAAAAUUGCUUAUUGUAUUGUUCUGAUUUAAUAUUCUAAUUUUAAUUGUUGUGUUCUCAUUAGCUAUGAGCAGAAAGCAGAAGGUAAACCAUUUGUAUCCUCUGCAACAACUGUUCUAAGUUAGCAGGGCUUCAUAGCCACAUUGCCUUUUUUUGAUUCUCUUCAGUUUGGUUUUCUUUAAUAAAUGUGAAGUAUUUUUAAUUGAAUCUGUGGAAUUAAAAAAUGAUUUAGUUCAAUGUAAUCUGAAAGUGUUUUCAUCAUUCUAGGUCAGAAUAUUGUGAAUGACUGUGUUCAAGGUCAGUUUUCAUUUCUUUAUGCACAGACUACA